AUGAUAAAGUUUUCAACAUUUUCUUUUAGGUGUGGUUUUGCAGGAGAAACAGGACCAAGAUGUAUUAUUCCUAGUGAAAUAAAGAAACCCGAUGUCCCUAAGCCUAUCAAAAUUGUUCAGUAUAAUAUUAAUACAGAAGAAUUAUAUUCCUAUCUGAAGGAAUUUAUUCAUAUGCUGUAUUUCAGACAUCUACUGGUGAAUCCAAGAGACCGUCGUGUUGUGAUCAUAGAGUCCGUCUUAUGCCCUUCACACUUCAGAGACACACUCACAAGAGUCCUUUUCAAGCAUUUUGAGGUACCUUCUGUUUUGUUUGCUCCAAGUCAUCUAAUGUCUCUCCUGACACUUGGGAUCAAUUCUGCCAUGGUGCUAGACUGUGGUUAUGCAGAAAGCUUGGUGCUGCCUAUAUACGAGGGAAUCCCAAUUCUGAGCUGCUGGGGUGCCCUUCCUUUGGGAGGAAAGGCUAUCCACAGGGAGCUGGAAUAUCAGCUGUUGGAGCAGUGCACAGUUGAUACGGGAUUAGCCAAAGGACAAAGCCUUCCAUCUGUGAUGGGUUCAGUUCCAGAAGACAUAGUCGAGGAUAUAAAAGUCCGCACUUGUUUUGUGAGUGAUCUCCAGCGCGGACUGAAAAUCCAAGCAGCCAAGUUCAACAUUGAUGGCAGUGCUGAGCGUCCUCCUCCGCCUCCGGAUGUGGACUAUCCGUUAGAUGGAGAAAAGAUUCUGCAUGUAGUUGGCUCUAUCAGAGACUCGGUUGUUGAAAUACUGUUUGAACAGGAUAAUGAAGAGAAAUCUGUUGCCACGUUAAUCUUAGAUUCACUCAUUCAGUGCCCAAUAGACACCAGGAAGCAGCUGGCAGAGAAUUUGGUAGUUAUUGGUGGCACUGCUAUGUUACCAGGAUUCCUACACAGGCUAAUGGCUGAAAUCAGAUACCUCGUAGAGAAACCAAAAUACAAAGAAGCGCUUGCCACUAAGACCUUCAGGAUUCACACUCCACCUGCCAAACCCAACUGUGUGGCAUGGCUGGGAGGAGCCAUUUUCGGAGCACUUCAGGACAUACUUGGGAGCCGCUCUGUGUCCAAAGAGUAUUACAGCCAAACAGGCCGCAUACCUGACUGGUGCUGUCUCAAUAAUCCUCCACUGGAAAUGAUGUUUGAUGUCGGAAAAGCACCCCCACCGUUGAUGAAGAGGGCUUUUUCUACCGAGAAAUAAUGCUACACAAGAGUUCCCUUCAUCUAUUUCAAGUACAUAUAUACAUGGUGGAAUUUUUUUUUUUGUACUAAGUAGUUUGUGCGUAACACUUAAACAUGACCGAUGUGGUUGUUUCUUGGGAGCAUGGCUGUAGGUAAUAACACUGUACUCAGAACUGUCUCCAGUUAUAGUUUAGAAACUUAACUCUGGCAAAUAAGAUGAUAUUUUGUCCUCCUCUGAGGAAAUGAUAUGUAGUCAUGAGCUGUUACCUAAUGAUUUGUUUGUUAUUUAUCUGUACAGUAAAUUACAUUGUUGAGAGAAUUUGUUUUAAGAUAUUUUUAUUUUAAAUAUGGUUAGAAGACUGAAGGACGGUCUACUGCAAGAAACAUCUUUGGAUGUUUUUCUGCCAAACUCUGCAUAAAAUGUUUCACCCAUGAAAUCAUUUGGUUCACGUAUGAGAACCUGUAGGAAAUGGUUUGGAGCUGUUUAGCAAAAAGUACUGGGGCAUUAUUUUUCCUAGACAGUCCUGCUUUCGGAGAGUUAGGAGAGGACUUUUUUACCUUAACUUGUUGCACGGUGCUGAGCUAACAACUCUCCUAAUAUUUCUGCUCCAAGAAAGGAUUCAACCAUUAAAUAAUUAUAAAUAGGAGUGCAAGGAGAACUUGACUUUCUUACUGAAAUGUCACAUUGAGAAGUCACUUCUUUCUCCUCCUUCUCCCCCGUCAAAAUACUAAAAUUCAUUGUCCUGCAGCAGUGUCUAUUAAAUGAAAAUACAAAGCAGAGCUCUGAGAGUUACUGUGCGAUAGCUAUUGAUAUGGAGCCCAAAAGCAGUAAAACACUUAAUGCUCUAAAUAGGAAAUCAAGUGAGUAUUUUACUCUCGGCUCCUGGGAUAAGGAGGCCAGUUCCUUAUUUUGCUGAUGCAACAUAAUUUUUUUUCACGCGUCUCCAUGGGAGUGCUGAAACAGUUGCAGGCUUGUAGAGUUCAGCACUGCAUUUUAAUUACUCUUAAAGCUAAUAAGUUCACCGUUUAAGAAAAAAGUGUACAUUUGGAUAUUAACACUAUAAUUAGGAACUAUAGGCUAUUUAAAAGGCUGUUAGCAAUGCUGUGACGUUACAUAUUGAAGAAGAAGGAACAGUCUGAUGGGAAAACAUGCAUACGCGCUUAAAUUCUUCUGCUAGAGCUGC